GUGAUCAGAGUUCAGAGGCUAAGUGGUCAGAGAGGGAACGACCAGCAGCAAGUAGGACAUCUGCACUCAGCCGUCUCCUGAGGCUGAACUGCCCCCCUGAGAGGAUGAAGGUCUUCGUGGCUGCCCUCUUUCUCCUCCUCCUCAGCCUCAGCACUGCUUCUGCUUCUGCUUCCUACAGCCAGGCAAGAAGUCCUAUGUCAGUGAACAUUUCACCCAGCUGCUGCCUGAAGUAUGACGAGAAAGUAUUACCAAGGAAACUGGUGGUGGGAUACAGAAAGGCCUUCAACUGUAACCUGCCAGCAAUCAUCCUUGUCACCAAAAAGAAACGAGAGAUCUGCACCAAUCCCAACAACAAAUUGGUCCAAGAUUACAUCAAGGAUCCCAACCUGCCCUUGCUACCCCCCAGGAAGUUGCCCCAGGUUAAAUCUAUCUGAUCAUAGAAAGGCCUAGCCCAGCUCCUCAACCCCUCAUGAUAGUCAAGCCUCAGUGGAAGCCCAGGUUCAGGAAAGAAAGGUGUGACCCUAUGAAAAACGAGGGCAACCUUGUGGUCUGAAUGACAGUCACAUUCAGAGAAAUGAGCCAGUGAUCCAAAAAAUAAAAGUAUUUUGAAUACUUUCUCAAUCUCUGGAGGAAAUGCCAGAGUUAAGGGAGGUGAG